GCUGCCCACUGUAACCCGACUCCGGCAUUUGCGUUUGGGGCGCCCUCCCUGCGCCGGGGGCGGGAGCCCAGCGAGCGCAGAGCCCCGGCCCGCGCGGCCCGAGUGCCACAUCACUGCGCCGGCCGUCCAAGGCCCGCUGCCCCACCAUGCCGCCCCCGCCGCCGCUGCUGCUCCUCACAGUCCUGGUCUUCGCCACUGCCCGGCCGGGGUGCGAGUUUGAGCGGAACCCUGCCGGUGAAUGCCACAGGCCGCCGGCUGCAGACAGCGUCACCUGCGUGGACCUGCAGCUCAGGACCUGCAGCGAUGCUGCCUACAACCAUACCACCUUCCCCACCCUGCUGCGGCACCGGUCGUGGGAGGUGGUGGAGGCCAGCUCCGAGUACAUCCUGCUGAGUGUUCUACACCAGCUCCUGGAGGGCCAGUGCAACCCAGACCUGCGGCUGCUGGGCUGUGCUGUGCUGGCCCCCCGGUGUGAGGGCAGCCAGGUGCGCAGACCCUGCCGGCAUAUCUGCGAGGGCCUGCGGGAGGCCUGCCAGCCCGCCUUCGACGCCAUCGACAUGGCCUGGCCCUACUUCCUUGACUGCCACCUCUACUUCACGAGUGAGGAUGAGGGCUGCUACGACCCACUGGAGAAGCUUCGGGGAGGCCUGGAGGCUGACGAGGCACUGCCCUCGGGGCUGCCGCCCACCUUCAUCCGCUUCAGCCACCACUCCUACGCCCAGAUGGUACGUGUGCUGAGGCGGACAGCCUCCCGCUGCGCCCAUGUGGCCAGGACCUACAGCAUCGGGCGCAGCUUCGACGGCAGGGACCUGCUGGUCAUCGAGUUCUCCAGCCGCCCCGGCCAGCACGAGCUGAUGGAGCCCGAGGUGAAGCUCAUUGGCAACAUUCAUGGCAACGAGGUGGCGGGUCGGGAGAUGCUCAUCUACCUAGCCCAGUACCUGUGCUCUGAGUACUUGCUGGGCAACCCCCGCAUCCAGCGCCUGCUCAACACCACCCGCAUCCACCUGCUGCCCUCCAUGAAUCCUGAUGGCUACGAGGUGGCAGCCGCCGAGGGUGCUGGCUACAACGGGUGGACGAGCGGGAGGCAGAACGCGCAGAACCUGGAUCUGAACCGAAAUUUCCCGGACCUGACGUCUGAGUACUACCAGCUGGCAGAGACCCGCGGCGUGCGCAGCGACCACAUCCCCAUCCCCCAGCACUACUGGUGGGGUAAGGUGGCCCCGGAGACGAAGGCAAUCAUGAAGUGGAUGCAGACCAUACCCUUCGUGCUCUCGGCCAGCCUUCAUGGGGGCGACCUGGUGGUGUCCUACCCCUUCGACUUCUCCAAGCACCCCCAGGAGGAGAAGAUGUUUUCUCCCACGCCCGAUGAGAAGAUGUUCAAGCUGCUGUCCAGAGCCUAUGCUGACGUCCACCCCAUGAUGAUGGACAGGUCGGAGAACAGAUGUGGAGGCAACUUCCUGAAGAGGGGGAGCAUCAUCAAUGGGGCGGACUGGUACAGCUUCACAGGAGGCAUGUCCGACUUCAACUAUCUGCACACCAACUGCUUUGAGAUCACAGUGGAGCUGGGCUGUGUGAAGUUCCCCCCCGAGGAGGCCCUGUACACGCUCUGGCAGCACAACAAGGAGUCACUCCUGAAUUUCAUGGAGACGGUGCACCGGGGCAUCAAAGGUGUGGUGAUGGACAAAUUCGGCAAGCCAGUCAAAAACGCCCGGAUCUUAGUCAAAGGCAUUCGCCACGACAUCACCACAGCCCCUGAUGGCGACUACUGGAGAUUGCUGCCCCCAGGUACCCACAUUGUCAUUGCCCAAGCCCCUGGCUACACCAAGGUCAUCAAGAAAGUCAUCCUCCCCGCCCGGAUGAAGAGGGCUGGCCGUGUCGACUUCAUUCUGCAGCCUCUGGGGGUGGGACCCAGGAACUUUCUUCAUGGGCUGCGGAGGACUGGGCCCCACGGCCCGCUGGGAGGUGCCAGCUCUUUGGGGGAGGCCACGGAGCCCGACCCGCUCCGGGCACGCAGGCAGCCCUCGGCCGACGGGAGCAAGCCCUGGUGGUGGUCCUACUUCACAUCGCUGAGCACGCACAGGCCACGCUGGCUGCUCAAGUACUAACCCCAGCCCCAGCACCCGCCUGGAUGUGGAGACCCAGGCCCAUCUCCGCAUCCCGGGCCCCUGGCUCUUGAUUUUGUCUGCCACAGACAUCCCACAAAGCCGCUGCCGUUUUAUUAAAGUGUUUAUAUCCACUUUCCACUGGAA